AUGUUGGGGAGCUACUACACCCAGUCCCAUGGUCUGGUGUUUGUGGUCGAUUUGUGGUCGAUUCACAAAAGCCUCCAAGACACCAGGGUCGCCAUUACUGACGUCCUACAGCACACCCACAUCGCUGGCAAGGCUGUCCUACUGCUUGCCAAUAAGCAGGACCUGUCUGGGGCUCUGGGAGAGGUGGAGCUGAUACACUGUCUCUCUCUGGAGAAACUGGUCAACAGACACCAAUGUCGCUGCCACAUUAAGUUGUGCUUAGCUGUGCUUGGCUCAGGGAAGACCCUGGAUACGUCCAUCAGCGAGGGGGUGGAAUGGCUACUGGACUACAUCUCCCAUGAUUAUAUUAAUGAGCGUGUGCAGAUGGAUACAGCACAUAAGAGGGCCAGAGAGGAGGACAAGAGAAAAAGAGAAGAGAUAGCAUGCUUAGAGAAAGAGGACAGGUGA